AUGACACUCCUGCAAUCUAGAAAAGACAACCAGCGUGGACCAGCCACCGAGAACCCUAUCCCGGCGGGUGGGACCCAAGCAACGCCCAAGAUCCAUAAGCCUGCCAGCAAGGCCCGAUGGCUCGUCCGUGUCCCCAUUCUCAAAUUCCUCCCCGGCCCUUACCACUCUACCGUCAUACCGAGCCCGGGGUGGGCGGCGUCUGCUGGAAGGAGGUCAAAGAAGGAGGAGUCGGCAAAAACGGGGUCAAACAAGAGGCCGAAGAAAGCGGCAAUGCCACCAACAACCUCUCGACGGCCUCCCGGCGGCGCUUCUCCUUCCGGGACCCUCCCCAGCGGGACGGACUCGUCGUGCUCACCCUCCCCGAGCGCCUGUCCCUCGCCCAACCUGCCCCGGGCGCCCAACGGUCAGCCCGCCGGUCCUUCACCCGCCGGCCCCUCAGUCACCCAAAGACCCUUAUCCCCCGGCUCCUCAUCAGGCGACGCAGACGACGAAGCCAGCGACACCCCCGCCCAGCAGCAGCAGCGGCGGGAGCAACACAGACGAAGAAUCUCUCAGUCCCCCCACCACCCAGCGACAAUAACAACAAACCCAAACCCAACCACCCCCAGACAACCCCUCUUCCCGCCCCACCCCCCCCUCGAAAUCAACCUCCUCUCCCUCCACAACCAAAAACACAGCCACAACAAAGACCCCAACCCCGACAAGCACACCGCCACGCUCAACAACCCGCGCCUCCACAUCGGCGAGCUGGCGCACCCGCCACUGGCGGCCUCGGGCGCCGCGUACCCCGUGUUCCGCACCACGCCCGGCAACCGGCGGCUGUCGGAGGCGGGGCCGCGGCGGCGCAAGAGCGUGGUUGCAGGAGGGGGCGACGAUGCCGGUGCUGUAUAUGCAGAGGGUGGAGGCGGGCUGGGGUGGCGCUUUCUGGAUGAGGGAGGAGAGGGGUCUGAGGAGGGGGCUUUUCAGGGGUCUGGGGAUGUGACGUUGGAGGGGUCUUCGUCUGGUGGUGGUGGGGAUGAGGGUGUGGUGUUGAGGGAUGAGAACGGGGGGUUGGCGCAGCUUCGAGGGAUGGCGCAGGGGGGUGCGCUGGAGAGUGUUGGGAAGCAGGCGGUGGAGGAGAAGGGGGUUGAGGGUGCGGGUGAGGCUGGGGAUGAGAUGGACAUCGAUGCUAUGUGA